AUGGCCCGUCGCGAUCGCGUGCCGCGGCACAAGUCGCACACGCACAAGCGCAACAAGAAUGCCAAGCUGUCGCCAUUUCAGCGAGAGCAGAAGCGAGCAAAGAUGGCAAAUCAGGUGCCCACGGUGACGACAAUCGGCAGCCUUGACAGCAUUCCGCAUAGCCAGCGCCAUAUAUUUGCCUAUCUGCAAGAGAAGCGUUCCCGGCAGGAGGCGAGGCGCGCCGCGCUGGAAAAGGCGCGGCAGGAACAAGACGCGAGGGUGCCGCCCACCACCGCAACCAGUGGCGGCAGCAGCAACAGCAGCAGCAGAGGCAGCGGGAGAACGUCUGAGAAGGAGAAACAGGAAGCAGCAGAGGCUAGCUCAGCAACAAUUCCUGCUGCUGCUGUCUCCGCUACACCAGCCGCAUCGACCUCCAAGAAGCUGAGCAAGCGAGUGGAGUAUGCCUCUCUGAACGACGAGCUCAGCGCCUCUGUGGGCGCGGUCUUGCAGUCGCCGAGCAGCCGCCAUGGUGGAUUGACCGCCGCCAGCGGUGGAGACAGCACCGGUGGUGAGCCACGCUCGGUCGAAGAGGUCAUUGCCCGCAAGAAGGAGCGGAAGCACAGGCGGAAGCAAGCGAGUCGCCGAGCCCGCAUCGCGGCGCAGUUGCAAGAAAUGGAAGAGGCACUGGACAAGUACGCCAAGACCGCCAAUGGCUCAGGUAAGCAACGCCGCACAAAGAAUGGCAGAGGCAGCGAUGGCACGCAGGUGGAGACUGCCGAUGAUGUACGCGAGCGCGUGAACCUCGCCUUCGAGCGCAAGCUGCGAGCCAUGAAGCGAGAAGCAGAAGACGCCACGUUUCAACGCGAUGCAGCAGAGGCCGCUGCUACGGGGGCGCAUCGCCAAGGUGGCGAUGGCAAAGCGCGCAAGCGCCGCCGUGAAACCCCAUCUGCAGCAGGCGAGCACGCCAACGGAAGAGACAACGGCAACGGUUUGGAUGAGACAGCACCGCAGCGGCAGCGCAAACGCAUCUCCUUUAACCCCGACGUGGAGGGGCGGGCAGCAGAAGCGGCGGGUGCGAACCGCAUUGAAAAACGCAGUGCGGCGCGGAAGCCGCGAGACUUUUGCGAGUUGGUCGACGUUGUGCGCUACGGUGAGCGGGUGGAGGCCCCACCGGUGUUCGACGUUGUGCCGAAUCACAACGCGGCCGUGUCGCGAUGGACAAAUGCGCCGGUGCGCGCGGAAGGUCGUCGUGGACACGGCAGUGAUGGCGCCACCGAGCGGCACCGCCUUCUCGCCGGCGGGAGUCCGUUGGCGCAGCAGAAACGCCUUGCGUGUCUUGGACUCGCGCCUGCCAUCACGCACGCGACACGCGCCGACGGCACAGCAGCGGGCAUGAACAAGGAGGAGCAGAUCAAGGCACUGCGCGACCGCGUGAUGGCGACGUACCAGUGUAGACGGCGAAAGGAAGUGGCGGAGCGCAAGGGUGUGGACAUGAAGCAUAAGUUUCCACAAUUCGCGUAA